CCUCUCAACGACAACGGAGGAAGAAAGAAGUGAUCUGGAAAAAUCUGGGCGUUCUUUCCAAAGGGAUAGAGUUCAAGGGCAACAGCCUGGUCAUCAAGAGCCCCGGGCAGUACUUUGUCUACAGUCAGGUGGUCUUCUACGGCAGUGAAUGUCAGGGUCGGACGGUCUACCUGAGCCAUGAGCUGGCCAGGCUAUCAGCUUCCUACAGAACCAAGACCCCGCUGGUCAAAGCAAUGAAGACCGUCUGCCACAAUCUCACCCACGGGGUCCCAACAGCCCACGGCCCUACCACUGCAGGGGGUCCCUGGUACGAGACCAUCUACCAGGGAGCCAUCUUCGAGUUGGCGGAGGGAGAUCAGAUCUUCUCCAGAGUCAGCACCGAUGCAGCACGUUACGUCAACACUGAGGGAGGAAUGACCUACUUUGGGCUAUUCGCUUUGUGAGGAGGAGAAAGGGGCUGUCUAUCCCGAAUUCUGCUGCCCCCUUCCCCCCAUCGAUGGAGUUGACAAUGAUGGUGAACUGGGUCCACCUGAAAGGGGAGGGAGUCUGGACCAGUCAGGA